AUGUGGCGCAAUAAAAUAUCGAACUCCUUCACCAAUGGCCAAUACGACUAUCUCUUAUACGGUCGUCUGUUCAAGUACUUCACGGACAACCGUCUUCCUCUCCAAGCCAAACAGCUUCACGCGCGCCUCCUGCUGUCUUCAACAACGCUAAACAACUACCUCGCGGCGAAACUCAUUAACUUGUAUUCGAAAACCAAUGACAUUUAUCCUGCACGCCAUGUGUUCGAUCAAAUUCCCCAUAAAAACACAUUCUCUUGUAACGCCUUGCUAAUUGCUUACACCACCAAUAAUCACCAUAAAGACGCAAUAAAAUUGUUUUCAUCGUUGUUAUUGUCUUCCUCUGGAGAUUUACAACCCGAUAAUUAUUCGAUAACGUGCCUUUUGAAGUCGUUAUCCAGCUUGUUGUUGGUUACCGAUGUUUGUUUGGGUAAGGAGGUUCAUUCUUUUGUUUUGAGACGUGGGUUAGUUGAGGAUGUUUUUGUAGAGAAUGCAUUGAUAAGUUUUUAUUCGAAAUGUUUAGGUGUGGGUUUUGCGAGGAAACUGUUUGAUAAAAUGCUUGAGAGAGAUGUUGUUACGUGGAAUUCUAUGAUUGCUGGGUAUGCACAAUGUGGUUUUUUUAAGGAAUGUAAAGAGUUGUAUAGAGAAAUGGUAGCGUUCUCCGGGUUUAAGCCUAAUGCGGUCACGGUGCUUAGUGUUUUACAAGCGUGCAUGCAGUCACAGGAUCUUGUUUUAGGGAUUGAAGUUCAUAGGUAUAUAGUUGAUAAUAAGAUUGAAUUGGAUGUUUUGGUCUGUAAUGCGUUGAUUGGAUUGUAUGCGAAGUGUGGGAGUUUGGAUUAUGCGAGGGAGUUAUUUGAUGAGAUGGGCGAGAAGGAUGAGGUGACUUAUGGCACGAUUAUAUCAGGUUAUAUGGCUCACGGUGUUGUUGAUAAAGGGAUGGAGCUUUUUAGGGAAAUGAAAAGUCAAGGAUUGAGCACAUGGAAUGCAGUGAUUUCGGGUUUGGUGCAAAAUAACCGGCACGAAGUGGUUAUAGAUUUGGUAAGAGAAAUGCUGGGUUUUGGUUUUAGGCCUAAUGCAGUAACACUUUCAAGCGUACUUCCUACUUUAUCGUAUUUUUCAAAUCUGAAAGGAGGGAAAGAGAUACAUGGUUAUGCAGUUAAAAACGGUUAUGACAGGAAUAUCUAUGUUGCAACUGCAAUUAUUGAUACUUAUGCAAAGUUGGGAUUUCUUUUUGGGGCUCAGUAUGUUUUUGAUCAAUCAAAAGAGAGGAGCUUGGUUAUUUGGACUGCAAUAAUCUCCGCAUAUGCUGCCCAUGGUGAUGCUAAUUCAGUUCUUACUCUUUUUUAUGAGAUGUUGAACAAAGGAAUCCAGCCAGACCAUGUGAUGUUCACUGUAGUGUUGGCUGCUUGUGCUCAUUGUGGAAUGGUGGAUAAAGCUUGGGAGAUUUUCAAUUCCAUGUCUAAGAAAUUUGGCAUUCAGCCUUUAGGAGAGCAUUAUGCAUGCAUGGUUGGUGUUCUGAGCAGGGCGGGCAGGCUCUCUCAAGCAACAGAAUUUAUUUCUACUAUGCCAAUUGAACCGAAUGCAAAAGUUUGGGGUGCAUUGCUCCAUGGAGCUUCGCUUUGUGGUGAUGUUGAACUUGGAAAGUUUGUUUCUGGUCAUUUGUUUGAAAUUGAACCAGAAAACACUGGGAAUUAUGUCAUCAUGGCAAAUUUAUAUUCUCAGGCAGGGAAAUGGAAAGAGGCUGAUGCAAUCAGAGAAAGGAUGAUUCAAUGUGGUUUGAAGAAGAUCCCAGGCUGUAGUUUGAUAUAG